CACGCCAAUAUCGAUGUUGCAUUCCCUUUCGAUAAAUGUGUAGUUACGCUCUGAGAGUAGGCUACACUGACCUAAAACGAACUCAUCCCUACGGUUUCGUUUUGUACGAACAGAGUGAGGUAAUCGAAACUGAAAACUGAAAAGUUCUUAGUCGAGUAACGUUAUCAUUGUUACCAUCCAAGGGCACGAGGGAGAAUGGAUACACUUCAUCUGCUUAGUGACCAAGAUGAACCAGAGAGGGUGCAAGGACAUUUGAUUCUAACAAAAGAAGAUUUGUUUGGAGCUACAGCGCCUCCUGCCGAUGAGGUGAACACAUUUCCUGAAAGUGGUGUAGGUGUUGCCAAAGACCUGCCACCGCCAUAUGCAGACAGCCCUCAGCGGCCCAACAGACCCGAUGCACCCCACUGGGAAAUUCCAUCCAUCAGCGAGGAGCUUGCCAGAGAGGCACUGGUUGAGUAUGUGGCCAGCAGGUGCUGCUACAGCCGUAAGCCAGCCAAAGAGAUGGUCUUCUCAGAGCUGCACUCCCUCAACACUUACAGGUAUCGCCUAGACACCUUUACUGAAUCCAGAUCUACAGAAUGGGCCAGUGAGCCUUACAACGGGCAGCCUGUGGAUGGCUUCAGUGGUGUGGCACCAGGACCAUGGGACUUGCCUGUGCCCAUUCCUGCCAUGUUUCAGGACUGCCAGAGGGAUGUUCGUCUCCCCCAUUCGUCCUCUAUCAAGGGUUGUAACCAGUGUUUGACUUUGGGAAAAUCCCCCUGUAACAAAUGUGUUACAUCAGGACAGAUUCAGUGCAGUGCUUGCAGUGGAUCAGGCAGAGACCAUUCCGACAACAGAUGCUCUGACUGCAGAGGAUCUGGACGAGUCCGGUGCAGUCCAUGCCACGGAGCCGGCUCACUACAGUGUCCCAACUGUCAAGGCAAAGGCCAGCUCCUGUGCUUCCUGAAGCUCACAGUCAAAUGGAAGAACCACAGCAGUGUGCAUGUGGUAGACAAGCGCUCUGGAUUUCCUGUAGAUAUGCUCCAAGAUGCUCCGGGGGAGAUGCUCUUCACUGACAUGAACCAGCGGGUGUACCCAGUGGAAAGUUUCCCAGAUGGGGCAGUGAAUGCUGCCUCUAAACAAGCCGUGCAGGAGCACCACUCGCAGUUCUCGACCACCUGCCGAAUCCUCCAACAGAGGCAGACCAUUGAGCUGAUCCCAGUCACCAGAGUGCACUUCACCUGGAGGGACAAAACUCACAUCUACUUUGUGUACGGGGCCGACCACAUGGUCUACGCCAAAGACUACCCAGCCAAAUGCUGCUGCUCCAUCUCAUGAAAAAGAGAAAGAAUCCUUACGUGUGAUAAUGAACUACAUUAGAGGUAUCCAUUAGGUUCUGCUUUUUGCAACAUGUGGGUGCAUGUGUCAUAGAGUUACAUCUUAUGCAAUGUUUAGAUAUAGCCUUGUUUCUGCAGACUUUCACAAAUCUUUUACUAAGAGAAGUAAAAUUGUGAAAUGGACUGAUAAGAGUAGAGGACAUUCAUGUUUUACUUUUUGUUUGGGAUCUGGGAUAACAAGCAUAUAUCGGUCCACCGGUGGGUUUUGGUCGGAACCCCACUGGUGGUGUGCCACUUCUGGUCCGCUCUCGGACCACUAUCAUCUUUAGUUUAACUGGGCGUGGAUAUUGAGAAAAGAACAUAGAAGACUUAUUCCUGUAGAUCUACUAUUGCUGUAUUUUGCACUGCUGCACCUUUGUUUACAUAGGCAAGUGUUUACUCUGCUGAAUUGAAAAGUGAUAGUUUUGAUAUUACAUAGUUACAAUUGCAAUUGCUAGGGGCAUUCCAUAAAAUAAUAAUACUAAUAAUCAUAUUCUACUUUUUCAACAUGUAAACACAUCUAUUCUUGAUGUAGAUCCGGAGUUGUACUACUGUUCCUCAUUCAAUAAAAUAUACUUAUA